AUGGAAACCCUAACGAGCUCGGCUUUGAAGAGGGUAGUUGUGAUCUCCGGCAAAGGUACAUGCUUCUCGAUCCGCAGUGAAGUUCGUUCUGGAGUUACUGACUGGAAUUCUAUUAGAUACAAUGUUCAUCGCCGGAUUUCGCCUCUUGUAUCUCUUCGCCAGAAAAGGAUUGCUCGUAUGCCGAUGUUUACUUCUCGCUCGUCAACUUCUGAGCUCCAGAUGAAUUUGCAUGAUGAAAAUUCGGAAGUUCAAAGUCGGCUCAUAACUGUUCAUGUGAAAUUCCAGUUACAAAGAGAGUGUUCAUUUGGUGAGCAAUUUUACUUAGUUGGGGAUAAUCUCAUGUUAGGGAAUUGGGAUCCUCAAGAUGCAUUGCCACUAGAGUGGUCUGAAGGACAUGUUUGGACACUUGAUCUAGACAUUCCAGUUGGGGAAACAAUCCAAUACAAGUUUUUACUAAAAGGAGAUUCUAGUAUGGAUGUUAUUUGGCAACCAGGAUCAGAUAGGAUAUUCAAGACAUGGAAAUGUAGCAACAAGAUUGCGGUUUAUGAAGACUGGGACGAUGAAUUUCUUCAGAAGAUCAUUGAAGAAGAACCCGUGUGUAUAAAUGAUGAGUCGAGUAUGUCAUUGUCAAAUUCCUUGCCCACAGUUGAUGCAAACAGUGUAUCGAUAGAAGAGGAGACAGUUAAGGAGAUGGAAAAGAUGAGAUUUGAAUCAAAAGAUGAAGAUAUUGAAUCUACACUUGACUUCUUAAGGAAAAGAUUCACCAUGAAUUCGGAGGAGUUUAUUAAUAUUGAAGAAGAUGAGACUGAUCUGCGACAUGAAAAAGAAGAAGAAGAAGAAGAAACACUAACAGAAGUCAGCCUUCUUAUUCCUAAUGCCUCAUUAGGUGAUGAUUUAGUUGAGGAGUACGAGCUGAGUGCAACAACUAAAGAAGUGGAUCUUAUUGAUUCAUCGGCUUUAUCCAAAGAAUCAACUGAAAUGACAAUUGGUGAUGAAGAAGACCAGAUACAUGGGGGUAAAAACAUGAAGGAAGAAGUAGUAGAGAAUGAUCUUCCUCAAUCAGGUGAUGAAAGAAACAAAUCUUAUUAUGCAUUUUCUAGUGAAAAUAUUGUGUUCGAAAAUGAACUGCAAUGGUGUUUAAAAACCAUGCAACAUAUUCUCCCCUUUUGGCCUGCAGUACUUGAUAGAAAGCAAGUUUAG